CCAUACCGGUUGGUGGCGCACACGCAUAUUCGCCAGCGGUCGAAACAACGCGAAGAAAAGCGCGGUGUUAGUGACGCAGCAGCUGUUGGUCAUGGCGGCGCUGUUGCUGAGAGGUUUGCGGUUCGGUCGAACCCUCAGAGGGCUGAGCAGCGUUGUGGCUUCACCAGCAGCAGCAAAUCUCCAGUGCAGCCACCUGAGCCGAAACUUCCACUCUGCAGCACCCAGACUCCAGGAUGACUCCAAAUCUGACAGAACCUCCUCGUCUUCCUCCACCACCUAUCAUGAACACUACCACGCGUCUUCUGGCCAGCAGGAUACAACAGCAGCUUCACAGGAAUCCUCAGAAACUGAGGAAGCAUCCAGACCGAACACCAGUUACCAAGACCAGAGUGGAGAGCAGGGUGAAGAGUACGAAACGGAAGAACAACUACAAGCUCGAAUCCUAACUGCUGCUUUGGAGUUUGUCCCUCAACAUGGCUGGUCGAUAGAAGCCAUCGCUGCUGGUGCUGAGACUCUGGGUCUGUCCUCAUCUUCCACAGGUAUGUUUGACAACGGAGCUGGAGAUCUGGUUCUACAUUUUAUUGCCCAGUGCAAUUCGCAGCUAACAGAAAUACUAGCUGAACAACACAAGCAGGUCCAACUGGGUCUGGCUGAACCAAAGAAGACUGCUGAAUUCGUGAGAGACGCUGUGGAGGCCCGACUGCGGAUGUACAUCCCCUACAUUAACACGUGGUCACAGGCGAUGAGCAUCCUGCUUCUUCCUCAGAACAUCCCAGACAGCCUGAAGCACCUUUCUAACCUAGUGGAUGACAUCUGGUACUACGCUGGAGACCGAUCCACAGAUGUGAGUGGAUCCUAUCACCCUAGAUCUCCCCCAUCUUCUGCUCACACCUUCCUCUCCCGAAAUCAUCACCACCCCCACAAAAUCCGGCCUGCCACCGCUCAGAUAAACUGGUACACCAAACGGGCGAUACUUACCGGCAUCUUCAACAGCACAGAACUUGUGAUGAUUCAGGAUUCCUCCGCAGAUUUUGAAGACACCUGGACGUUCCUCAACAAUCGUAUUGAGGAUGCAGUCAACGUGGCCUCCACUGCCAAACAGGUGCAAGCGACCGGUGAAGCAGUCGUUCAGGGUCUCAUGGGUGCUGCUGUAACACUGAAGAACCUCACAGGACUGAACCAGCGGCGAUGAUGUACACUGAUCCUCUCCAGCCGGCUCGUGUCAGCAGCUGACUUUUUUUUUUCCUUAAGUCUUUCAUUUCAGGCUUAAAGUAUCAUAAGGUGGUUUUGUUGGACUGUAAACUGCUUCCUGGUCAGACAGAACUUUAUGUUUUAGCAUUUAGUCCUCCGACUUUCUCUCCUGUUCAGAUCAUUUGUUCCUUUUGUAUAAAAGCCACAAAGAUCUGUAACUAUGCUUAGUAACAUUUAGAAAAGUUAUUGCUACACCACUUCAUAUUUUAUAACUGAUUAAAAUUAACUCACAAAAGCAAAACAAUUCUAGCAGUGUGUUCUAAGCCCAUCUCUUCUAUUAGAACCCAACACUGGUUUGCACUGCCUUUAUUGUUGGAUUUAUUUUUUUCCCUCCCUUUGAGUCAGACAAACAUAACAUUGUGAUCUGAGAUUUUAACUCUACCACCAGCUGAUUUCACAGGUACGCUGAGGUGUGAACAUGUGCACGCUCCCUCAGGCCUUUAUGCUGCACAACACUGCUGAAAUUAUUUUGGGUUUUCAGCCGAACUGCUGUUUACGUCACUGGCAGUGGUUCAUCUUUGGAUGCUUGGCUGCUGACGCCAAGUGAAACACUUUAAAGUCAUCUCGCUAAAACUUUAGUCAUGUUUGUAUGAUCUCACACAAAACGGAACACCCAGCCGUCCAAAUGCUUGAUGUACAAGUGAUGUAACUUUGACACUGUUGAGACUUAUAUUAAACCUGCACUGUGGCUUCAUGUUCUUUGUUUGCUUUCAGCACCAAUAUGCUGUUUGUUAAAUAAAUAUUUUGUUGCUAUCAAAUGUGUGGACCUAAAUGCAUAUGGAUGAACUGAAUUAAAAAAAAAAGUGGGAACUAAAAUGACAGAACAAAA